AUGGCUGCAGUAUCAAUUCCAACAUGCUCUGUAGAGCCAACCAUCGAAGCGACUCAUUCCCGCUCUCGACCAUCUCUAUCUAUCGACCUAAACAACAUCCCCCCACUCUCCCAACCAUCGCCACCCUCAAACACACUUCUAAUCACCGACCUCAACGACCUCAUCCUCUUCCAACCCUCCUCCCUCGAUGAAAUUCGCAACAGAAUCACCUCCGUGGUCACACUCCACUCAUUCUCCCCACUCCCCUCUUUCCGCCGCAUCGUCUGCUCAUUCUACACGGACAAAGACGCAAUCACCAUUCGCAAACUAUUAGAAGGCAACAACCUUCUCCGCCACACCACUCCCCGAAUCUACUUCGGCGAACCAACCCCCAUCCUAAGCGAAGAAGAGAUGCAACGAACAAGACUCCUCUCCGCCCCUCAAAGCGAUAAACUGUUCUUCAUCUCCCCGCCCCCCAGCCCCCCGCACGGCUGGAUGAUGCGCAACGAAGACCCGCCAAACAAAGAAGUCCAUGCUCAGGACCUUGCCUAUGCGCUCGCCAUGCUGAAAACAGAUCAACCGGAGCAGGAGGCUAUGAGUGUUGAUCCCGCGACGCCGGUUUCUGUCUCUUCGGAUCAGAGGACGCCUAGUUGGCCGCUUGCCGGGUCGCAGCAGCGCAGUCGCAGCAGCACUAUUAUCUAUAAUCCUGAGGAUCAUGGACAUAGUCCUAAUUUGCCGGCUGUUAUGGUUGAGGAUGUGAGUCUGGCGGUAGAUGAGGAUAUUGAUAUGGAGGAUGUUUUGUCGUUGCAAAAGAUGCCGCCUAAGACUUCCCGGCCGCCUGUUGAGCUGAUGGAGUGA